AAUCGCAUCACUGCGUAUAGUUUUGGACGCAUGCAGACAGCAGUCCGGUGUGUGUCUGUUUCAGCCUAGAAAGCUUCCCAUUGUACUUUUCGUGAAUGUUUGCACAUAUUCUCUUUCAAAAUAUUUACCUGUUUUAAUUGAGGUUGUUCAGCGUAUCGUGAAAAGGAUAUAACUGAAAGAUCAGAACAACUGAAUAAGAUGCCGUUUUCCAGAGGAAAGAAGCCCACCACCAGUAAAAUCCCCAAACUUCACCCCAAAGGACUGGAGAACCAGCAGGAUGGCCCCCAGACCAAGCGCUCAUCUUCUUCUCCCCAAGGGGCCCCUAAGAAAAGAACUGCUUUUGUGGACAUUACCAAUGCACACAAGAUUGAGCUAAGCAAUCCCAUCAAAAAGAAAGAUCCCGUUAAGAAGCUGCAGAAGAAGAUCUCAGUACUUUCUAAGAAUGAUGUCAAUUUAAAAUCUGUGGUUAGUCUAGAGGAAAAGUUGGAGGAACUGAAGAAUGUGGAGUCAUUUGAGAAACUGGAAGAGCCCUCUUCGAAACCAUCAAUUCCUCCACACCUCCUGCCUCCAGAGAUCCCUCCAGAGUUUGACAUUGAUUCCGAGCAACUUAGUGACUCCACGCAUACAGCAGAGUAUGCCAAAGAUAUUUUUGACUACCUCAAGAGCAGAGAGGAAAAGUUUUUCUUGCAUGACUACAUGGCUGAUCAACCAACUCUAAACACCAAUAUGAGGGCAAUUCUGGUGGACUGGCUGGUUGAGGUCCAGGAGAAUUUUGAGCUGAAUCAUGAGACUCUGUACCUGGCUGUGAAAGUGACGGAUCAUUAUCUGGCCGUGAGCCCGGUCAAACGGGAGUCUUUACAGCUCAUUGGUUCCACUGCCAUGCUCAUUGCUUCUAAAUUUGAGGAGCGGGCUCCUCCUUGCGUGGAUGAUUUCCUGUAUAUUUGUGACGAUGCUUACAAGCGCUCCCAGCUCAUCACCAUGGAGAUCAGCAUCCUGCAGGCGCUGAACUUUGACAUCAAUAUUCCGGUUCCAUACCGCUUCCUCCGUCGUUAUGCCAAGUGUGUGAAUGCAGGUAUGGACACACUGACUAUGGCACGCUUUAUUUGUGAGCUGAGUUUGUUGGAGAUGGAGUUUGUGCCCGUAAGAGCGUCUUUGCUCGCCUCUGCCUGUCUGCUCAUCGCUCUAGUUACUAAGGAUCUGGGAGGAUGGACACAGUGUUUGCAGUUCCACUCUGGAUACAGUGUGGAGGAUCUGGCACCCGUGGUCAGAAAACUCCACGACAUGCUCAGCAGCCCACCGGACAGCAAACUCGCCGUUGUCCGGAGCAAGUAUGCGCACAAGGUUUUCUUUGAAGUUGCGUUGAUCCCCACAGCGAGUCUGGAGAAGUUGGAGGGGUUUUUGAAGUAAGCUGAAGGGGAAUAUAUGUAAUGUUUUAAACAUUGUAAAUAAUUAUAUUUAAUGUUAUAUUUUAAUCUUUUGAAAUAAAGUCUUUGUGUGUAAAUGUA